UCAGAUGCAGAGCCUGUAUGCGAUGGAACCGCCGUGGUGGAGAGCGCCGUGCGCAGCGGAUCGGACGGGCGGCGUCGCGUGUACCUGGCGGUGGCGGCCACCUACCUCGGCACCGCUUCCACGGGCCUCGCGUACGCGUACUCUUCGCCCGCCCUGCCGGACAUCCGGCGCACCCUGCACAUCAGCGAAGAUGACGCGGCCUGGUUCGGAUCCCUAGUGCUGGCCGGAGGCAUCGUCGCCGGAGCGUUGUCAGGGCAGCUGUUGAGCCUCCUAGGCCGCAGGGGCACCAUGGUGGUGGCCGCCACGUUGUUCACUGCCGGCUGGCUCUUCCUCGCCUUUGCCAAUUCCACGGCUCUCCUAUUCACCGGCCGCGUGCUCACGGGCGGAGGAAUGGCCAUCGCUUCCGCAGCGUCCGCAGUGUUCGUGGCAGAAGUGGCCCCUGCCAGCCUGCGGGGAGCGCUGAACACCGGCUGCAACUUCAUGCUCGCUUUGGGAAUCCUCGUGGGCUACGCCAUUGGCAAGUGGCUCAACUACCAGUGGCUCGCCGCCGCCUGCCUCGUCCCAGCUGUCCUCAACGGCGCCGCUUUUCUGCUCUACGUCAGAGAGUCGCCCAUGUGGCUCCUGCAAAAGGGACGCCGAAAGGAGGCUAUGGAAGCCAUGCAGUUCUACCGGGGCGCGCGCUUUGAGAACGAGUUCAAAGCCAUGGAAAGCAGCGUGACGGACGUCGCCGCGACUCUCACCCUCGGCGACUUCGCGCAGCCUUACGUCUACAAGUCUUUUCUGUGCGCCCUUCUGACUCUGUUGAUGCAGCAGGCGUCGGUCAUCAAUAUUCUGCUCUUCUUCGCUCAAGACAUAUUCCAGGAGGCCGGCGUGGCCAUGGCUGCCGACGAUUGUGCCAUCGUCGUGGGCGGAAUCCUCGCGGUGGUCUUCCUGGCCGCCGUCCUUCUCGCGGACAAGGUGGGGCUCAAGCUGCUCUUUAUAGUUUCGACCGCGCUGUCCGCGGCCAGCCUGGCCGCGCUGGGCCUGUGCUUCUACCUGAAAGAGGUGAACGGCCAAAGUUUCCUCGACGACUACGGCUGGCUUCCCCUGGCUUCCAUCGCAUUCUACUUCAUCAGUUACUCCCUCGGACUCGGCCCCUUGCCGUUCGUGUUCCUCGGAGAAUUGAUACCGCUGAAGGUCAAGGGCGUGGCAACCAGCGCAUGCAUAGUCCUCUUCUAUGCGUUCGGCUUCCUCAUAACUAAGACGUAUGUAGACUUGGUGCACUUGAUAGGCACUGCAGCCUCGUAUUGGUUCUAUGGCUUACUACUGGUGGUAACGUCCAUUGUCUUUGUAAUAUUUGUGCCUGAUACGAAAGGGAAAACACUGGACGAAAUCGAACAAAUUUUCGGCAAGAAAGCUGUGCCUCCGCAGUUGUAUAACAUCAGUGAACUUGUAACGUAUCAUCUCUAAGAGCCUGGACCAGCAACUUUCUGCUUCACACACAUUCUGGACACUGGGCACCAUUUCUGACAAUAUAGUGGCAGGACAUGGCACAUGGCAGCAGUAUUCCCGCUCACAUAGUGACAUUGAAAUCUUUCUGCUUUAUUACCACAAAUAGAAAAUCUAAAAAAAUAGCAAGCUUUGACAGAACUAGUCGGUGGCGACGGCUUUGAUGACGCAAUUUUUUUCUGGCUUAGUAUUGCUGCAUAUAUUGAUAAGGCGACCUAAUUAUAACAGCAUUCACGUUUUCGUAAGUAUUAUGAACAGGUGGCUUUGUCUACAGACAAUAUCGCGGAACACAAACCCUGCUGUUCAUCGACGCACAGGGCUCUCUCUCUGUAGGCGCUACUUGAGUUUUAUUGCGAUAACGUUUAUAUCGACACUAACAUUACGGACACCAGCAAAUAUGUAGAGGCACCGUCACCGCCUGUCACCAUCGUGUUUGCUGUUCUGGAUGCGACGGCGCCUGGACGGCACGCAUGGCCCAGCCCCCGAGCCCGCUCUGUUAUCGUGGUCGAGUCACAGGUGGAACGUAUACGCUGCCCAUGCGCUGUUUGUUGGAGGCAUAGAGGAAAUGGUUGGAUACUACGUGAUCUGUAGCGGGGGCCUAGGGUACCCUAUACCAAGGCGCUGGCUGAGCA